AUGAACAUCGCCGGCGCUUCGUCGACCAUCUGGGUAGACAACCUCUCUAUUGACCAAGAGGAUUCCGGCGAUGUUGCCACUCAGGUGGCUGCCAUGGGUCAAAUAUACAGCAAUGCCACCACCGUCUCUGUGCUGUUGCCUAAAGAGGACUUGCAAGCAUUGGGUCUCCUUACCGGGCUCGUGGGCUAUGCCUCCUUUCUUCUGGACCGCCGGAAGCAUUUCGAAGGGGAAGGUCAUGUCAAUAACAAGGUCUUGUCUGAGAUCAGUGCAACCAUCAAACGCUUCUUUGCGACCGUGAGAACACUGGCUGAAGUCACGGAGAAAUCCAAGUAUUGGAGCCGGGCUUGGACUUUCCAAGAAUGGGCUCUCGCGAGAGACAUCGAGAUCUCCCUCGACGGCCACAAACAGCCCGUUCUUCGCAAUGUCAAAUCGAGAGUCAUCGAGGCUGCCAUUCUGGUCACGGACUACAAGUUGCGUUUGGGUCAGUACUCGGACUUUGAUGUUGGGUUCUCCAGGGGUCUCGCGCCGAGCGUCCUUGACAAUGUGAAGAAACUAUUCCCAAGUCAAAAGAGGUUUCUAGCAGAGGACGAGAAAGAUCAGGCUCAAGUACGGUUGCAGUCGAAUCUGCCAUCAUACGGCACGGAUCAAGUUCUGGGAGUGCGCCUCAAGCCGACACCCAGAACCGCUGAAGAAGCUUUCAGAGCUCGGUUGACAGCGAUGCUGGAGGCCUUUAAUGGCGGCGCAACUCGACACGCCACAUUCGAGGCGGACAAGAUAUGUUGUUGGGCUUCCAUGUGCAACGUAGACUACGGCUACUCCAAAGAUGACCCUUUGAAUACCGCCGUCACGAAGGUAACGCGAGCGCUGAGAAAGCGUGGGCUGAAGUUGUUCAAUUUUCAUUGUUCAAGCAGCGCGCCUCCAGAUGUGAACCCGAGGUUCUUCGCGUACAGCUUCCCUCACCCCCAAUGCAACGUGACCAAUGCCGACAUCAUUCCCGGCGUCCCUUUCCUUAGCGGUCGUAUGGAUACCGCUGCACAUCUCCUAUACUCUAUCACGUUUUCGAGUGCGGACUGGAAUGUCCCUGGGCCUAUUGAAACUGUUGGAAUCGAAGUGCAAGAAGUGAAGGAUCACGAAUUCGUGAUGUCGCCACUCGACGACAAGGACCGAGUGAUGGCGAUAUUUGGCAUGGCAACUUCCGGAGCAGCUGAUAACUUUACCUUCACAAAUGUCUUGGACCAUGUUGCCGGAGGACUUGCUCAACUCCCUCCACAAGCUCGUCGUAUGCAUAUGGCGCUCUUGGCUUCUCUUCCGGUCAGCCCGGGUUCUGAUGUCCGCUUUCAAAGCUGGAUAGUUAUCGCGAUACCAAUGCUCCAGAAGCUUUACAGCAACGGCUGGACCUACAUGUUCGUUGGCCGCGAGUCGCUGAAUGGAACGCUAGUCGUCGGUCUCCGCAAGCCUGAGGUCCCGGAGCAGGAGUCAACAGUGAUCCUGGGCUACCUUGCCUUGUCCGACAACCAAUGCGGCUCUUUCCUGAUACCAACGUCCUCUGAAGGUGACAUCUCUAUCAUGCUAGUUCCUCCGCAGCGCAGUGAUGCUGUCAACUCUGCUCUCAUGCCACGCCGGGCUCUCACCGCCAAGGUAGGCCUCGAGCCUCCGUUGUUCCGCGAGACAGUGAGCCAGGACCGCGAAAUCGAAUUGGUAAACAACAAUAGUGCCAUCAAGUACCUCGAAAGCCCCCGGGAGUCGCACCGAAACACGCUUGAUCAGCUGGUGAGCAUGUUGCAAGGGUCGCGCAUCGCGCCUCCAUAA